GGUGCUGUUGAUACUGUAGUUUGGAGUGACCAAGACUCAGAACUGAAUAUAGCAGCGCUCGUACAUCGUCCUGUACAAACAGUUUGACAAUUUCAAUUCCAGUACUUCAUGACUUCUACAUCUGUGUCAAAAGAUAUUUUCUAUUUCUAAUAACAAGCCGACAACAAGAUGGAACUUAAUUCUCUUUUAAUUCUGCUGGAGGCUGCAGAGUACUUGGAAAGAAGAGACAGAGAGGCAGAACACGGUUAUGCGUCGGUUUUACCGUACAGCAGCGACUUUUCCAGUAAGAAAACGAAAGCCUCGCCAAUUUCCAGAAAAUCUCAGAACAAUAGAUCGUCGCACAACGAGCUGGAGAAACACAGACGUGCCAAACUUCGGCUGUACUUGGAGCAGUUGAAGAAGUUGGUGCCUUUGGGUCCAGACAGCACGAGACACACCACACUGAGCUUGCUGAAAAGGGCCAGGAUGCACAUCAAGAGGUGGACAUCGAGGGCAUGGAGUUCACUCCUGGAGAGGCGGACAGCGUGGACAGCAUCAGCGACGGUGAGGAGGAGGAGGAGGAGGACCACUACAGCCUCCAGAGCAGCUCCAGCGACACCAGCUACACAGCCACACAUUCCCACAGACUGCAGCCGCACCACUGUUAGACAGCGCGCGGCCAUCCAUCUCCCAACCAGCUUCUUCGACCAGGCUUCCUUCCCCUCACCUUUCCCCUCCUCGACCAUUUGCAAUCGCAGACGCCGCCCGCUCCCCACAUCAGACCGGUCCACAACGGUGGCACACCCUGAACAUCUUCCUCCUUUCCCGGCCCCGGCUCUCCAGGAAGUCCAUGGGGCUGAAAUGCCACUCAAGCCUUCCUGACCCCUCCCCCCCUGACCACUGACCCUACCUCACCCUACUGUAUCCUGCCUGAACCUGCCCCUCCAGACACGCCCUGCCCUCCCACUGUCCUCCCAACCCCCUACUUAGUGUUGCCGCAGGCUCAUAGAGAGCAGAGCAGAGUUUGUGGUUUUAAUGGGGACUUCUGUAGUGCGGUGGACAGCUUUGACUUGUUAAUCCGGAUGUGUGCGUUCAUGUUUGUGUGUGUGUGUUUGCAAGAGAGAAAGAACAAGCGAGGGAGUUUAAGAGAGGUCAAAAACAAAACAUAAGCUUCAUGUCUUCUCCACGAGGCAACAAUACGCAGGCGAGGCUUAGCACCAAGUUUGCGAAGUAAAAGCACUUCUGCUUGUUCUGCAAUAUUUGCAACAUUGGAAGUCUUUUACAUCAGACAGUAUCUUCCCUUUACACAAUACGAUUUACAGGAGUAGCUAUUGCAGAAGUCCUGCACUUUCCUCGAAACAUUUGACUGCUUAAAAAUAAUGGACGAUUUCAGGAAUAUUUUGAUAUUUGGGGAAAUAUAUUUAUUCGCUUUUGCCGUUUCCAGCCUUGGAUGUUCUAACCGACCUGUAGCUUCACAUUUAGCAGGCUCACAGUUGGUGGUGGUAUCGGUCUUCUCAUCGAACUCUUGGCAGGGAAGCAAAUGUGCUUUUUUCUCAAAACAUUAAACCAAUUUUUUGAAAAUCGUUCCACUUUUUAGGAUGUGCUUCUGCAGCUGCGUGACCUAAAACAGGACUUUUUCAGCGGCUACUUCUGUACACAAAGUCAGACCUUCAUUACCAACUGUGGCCGAUUUUUGGCCAAAGACAAAGUGAAAAAGUUCCAGAGUAGCAGAGAAGAAAGAAUGUAGUAUAUAGAUGUACAGUUACUGUCCAAACCCACUCGUCUCCCUCUGGUUGGGUUGCCUAACCACUACUCCACACUACUGACCACUACACUAUACCACCCUAUGGUGUGGAUGGACUACUAUGUCAAUUGAAAAAAAAAAAGGAGUUGCCUCAUAACUAAAAACUCUCUUCCUUAAAGAUUGAUUCAAAUCUUCUGAUUCUUUCUCAGUAGCGAAUUGAUGUAGCAAAAAAUACGAGAGGCGGGUGCUUCCUCUGAGUGUUUAAAAUGAUUGUGGUGGACCAUGAGGUUUCCUUUACCUUCUCACCCUGUAGAUGGGCCAGUGAGUGCUUUCGGAGGGCAGACCUUCAGAAAAAGGGGCAGCUCUCCUUUUUCCUUUUCACUAAUGGAUCCCUCUUUUGGCUCACAAGGCGUUCUCCCAGAAUUUGCAUUUCUCUACAGCUUUGUUACUUUUUCAAGCAGUGUUCGUGUGUGUGUCUGGAUUUUUUGUUGUUGUUUUUUUUUUGUCCUGAUUAGCAAGUCAAAGUUGUAAAUGUGGAGAAAAAAAAGAAAAAAGAAAAAAAAAAGGACCAGCUCUAAUGAUUUGUACUCUAUAGAGGCGUUCAUUUUAGCUAACUCAGCAAACUAAUCACAUUCAGUUAAACUUUUCAUUUCUAUAUCGAGACUAACAAUCAUAUUUUCUCUCUGCCAUCUGUUACUUAUUUCUGGAGCUUCUGGGCACUGCUGAAGACCAACGUAGAGGACAUUUCUUCUCUAACUCGUCUUUAACUUACACGCAAUAAUCACUAUUGACGGAGGAGUCGCUUCUGUUGCUCUCUGACUAUUUAAUAAUCAUUAGGACCUCAGUCUCUGGCAGUCUUUAGAGCUUGGCGUCCCGACACUUAAAAAAAAAUCAAAAAAGGGCCAGUCCACCAUGGCAGGUCUGACCAAAAAAACUACAAAAGACUCAAGAACACAAAAAAGUUGCAUACAAAAGAAGCUAUUCGUCACUUAAAGUGAUAUUAGCCAGUGUAGUCUAUAUUUCUUGUAUUAAAUUUUGUAUUAUAUUUUCCUAAAUGUUCUCUUGAAAAGACAAAAACAGCGAGUAUAUCUAUCUAUGUAUAAGUAUAAAUAUAUAUAUGAGAGACAGACAGACAUGAGGUCAGGCUUGUUGAAGGGAGAGUGGGGGCAGGGGAGCUGAUACACUGGCCCCUCUCCCUUGGGUGACUCUCCUGCUGUCAUUCUGUGCCUUGGUGAGCCUAUGACCUCCCUUCCUCUUCCUCCUCCUCUUCCUCCCACCUCCUCGCCCUCGGCCCCUACUCAGGUCACACUCCCCUCCCCUCCUCUUAAUCGCAUCCUCCCUCUUCUUCUUCUUCUUCUUCUUCUCUGGCGGGCUGAAACCUUUGAUUUCAACCCUUACCAUGCCAAAACACUUCCAUGAGCAAUGGAGCACUUGAAGAGAAGACCUCAUUAUAAAAUACAUUAAAAAAAAGCCCCUUUGGUCUCUACUGAGCAGCCGCCGCUGUUGUUGUUGUGCACCCUGUCCAGGCACUCCCCACCCUCUUGACGCCCGAUCAUCUGCCACAGAAAAGUAAAAGAAACCACACACUGGUAAACUCCCAUGGCAGCUUCCAGUCGCCCCGAAUGGUCACCAACAGGGUUCAAAACUUCUGGGCUUGAAGCGUGUUGAUCUUUUCUUUUUUUUGUUUUGUUCGUCAUUUUACUAUUAUUGUAUGCUGACUAUGUGUUUGUUUUAAAUGGAGUCACUGGGAUAGGAGCGAUAAAAGAAUAAUCCAAUCAAUGGCAGCUUAAAGGUGUGAUCCUCCGCGCUCCCAGUGGUCCGUCCCAAAAGUAGUUUUACCCAUUGAUCAGAGGACCUCGUGAGACACGGCAAUAUUACCAUCUUGUGCUUUCGGAGGGAGGGUGGGCGGGCAGGGUGUUAAAGACAAGCAGGUGGUUUUGCUUUUUUACUUUGUGGUGCAUUUGUUUUUGGUGACCUCCUAUCUGCACUCUCUCUAUACACUGCAGGAGGACAAACAAAAAAAAGAAAAACAAACUUUUUUUUGGAAAAGCUGUUUUCUAUUUUUCAUCAAGAGUUUACAUUAAAUGUCAAAGGAUUUGUACAUGACUGUAUCAGAAAUGUCCUUUUUCAGUUUGACGGUCAAAUGAACAACAUAGCAAACCAUAAUGGCAUAAAGUUAUUCUCUUGCACAGAACCUCCCAGCAGAAAAGUGACACAGCGAAUGGGAUGAGGGCCACAUAUGAGAUUACAAUUAUUCAUUGAAAAGAAUGUACAUAGCACACACUUAUAAUGGCUUUGAGCAGAUGACUGGGCGCGUCAACAUUUUGUUUGAAUGCUGGAUGCAUAGUGUUUAUGGAAAAUCUUUUGAUGACGUGCCUUGGAAAAAGUCCGAAAAAAGCAGAGAUUGUAGAAAUGUAUGAAGACUGUUAAAUCAGGAACAGCUGCUCGUGUUUUUUAAGCCCUUGGAGAGGCGAGAGAAGAUGUUGCAGCCUUCUUCAUCAUUGCCGAAAAAGGUAAACAGUCACGUCAAGUACGUCUUCAUUGAAGUCCUAUUGAGAUUAGAGUGUAAUUUAAGUCAUCGUCAGAGCAAGCACAGACAAGAUUUGAGACUUGCUUCCGUGUUGCUGUUGCACAAAGAUUUACUUUGGUGCGUUGGGGUUUUUCUAAGAGCACAAAAGCACAGUGUGAUAUAUGGGGAGGUCAGCAGACGGAGAGAGGAAAAGACAAGGUGGGAUGAAGUCGCGGGUGAAGCACAGACCGAAGGACCGUCUGCACAGAGAGCAGGGUCACAGCAGAGAAGUUUCAGAAGAAAUCAGAAACAUAGAAGACACCAUCCUAAGCCUGCUGACUAACGGUGCUUAUGUAAAAACCAACACAAUGACUUCCAUGAAAUGUUAUUCCUGCCAAAUAGUCACUUUCAACCCUUCCAUGCUGAAUGAUAUGCGAUUCCAGACAAGUAGCUUUAACUACGUGUAUGCUUUAGGUCAGCAUCCCGCUUUCCAGAUCCCCGGGCUUUAUGGCUUUUCUCCUUAUUUUGCAUCUUCAUAGUGGUUCAUCUUAUUAAACCCACAGGAGCCUCGAGGCUGUAGAGGAGGGCGAGUUUGGGCCGACGUACUGUGCAGAGUAGGGAGAGUUCUGUGCCAGAGACCUGUGAAUAUGUUCCUUUUUAGCGGAUGCGUGAUAUGCAUUCAGAAGAUGUUAAAUAAGUUCCUUUUUGUUUUGUUUUGUGUGCGAGUGUAUGUACAUGACUACCUAGUGCUGGCUGCAUUUUAGCAAACACUUGAAGGUAUUGUGUAUUCUCUCAUUGUAAUAUAAUUAAAAUGUUUUAUACAUAAA